AAAUAACAGACAGACAGACAGACAGACAGACAGACAGACAGACAGACAGACAGAGCAACAUUGUUCUCCAUCUCAGAGUGGAUGCAGCUCCUCCCUCUGCGCGCGGGGCUUCAUUUCGUCAAAUCCUUCAACUUGGACCACUUAGGCUCAGUCGCACUUUGGACUCCACCGCAUUUGGCUCCAACGCCGCAACUUGCAGCAGUUUCUCUUCCACAUCGAGCUCAGAACCUCCCGGAGAGGCAGACAGACUCCCAGCAUCUGCUGCAUCCUGUUCUUCCCCCAGCGAUGGAGACGGAGGUCAGGUUCUGCCCAAAGUGGCACGGCGCGCUCCGGUUCGGGCUCUUCUUCCUCCUGCGCGGCUUGGUCGGCGUCGCCGAGGCUGAGAUAACCUGCAGGUCAUGCCGGGAUGGGAAUAUGUGGUACGGCGCGCAGGAAUUACUGCUGAGGGUUGAAACAAGUGGUCCCGCUGCCGGGGUAAUGGGGGAAGUUUUGGGGAGCGGAGACCGGACCGGAAGGGUCCCCUGCGAGCCGGGCCCCGCUGGUUGCGCUCCGGACCGGGGGCAGCAGGCGCAGCUGAGGCGGGAGCGGAUUACAGACAGCGGGAAAGUUUCCCAACACAGGGACGGUGUUGGUUCGACUCCACGGCGCUUCAGGAGGGACAGUGGCGGGGAUGCAGUCAGCUCAGCCCCGGCAGAGGGAGCGGCGGCGGCGGCGGCGGGGCGCAGAGCGGCGCGCUGGAGCGGAGAGGAGCGCAGAGCGGCCGGCGCGCGGCAGGACGACUUAAAGCUCAACAGCUCCACGUUCGCCCUGACCGGGGACUCAUCCCACAACCAGGCCAUGGUGCACUGGUCCGGCCAGAACAGCAGCGUAAUUCUGAUGCUAACCAAACUCUUUGACUUCAACCUCAACAGUGUGACUGAGAGUUCAUUAUGGAGGUCAACUGACUAUGGAGCAACGUACCAGAAGCUGAACGACAAAGUGGGAGCGAAGACGAUCCUCAGCUACCUGUAUGUGAGCCCCAACAACAAGAGAAAGAUCAUGCUGCUGACGGAUCCGGAGAUAGAGAGCAGCCUUCUGAUCAGCUCUGAUGAAGGAGCCACAUACCAGAAGUACCGACUCAACUUCUACAUCCUGAGCCUCCUGUUUCACCCUGAACAGGAGGACUGGAUCCUGGCAUACAGCCACGACCAAAAGCUUUACAGUUCUGUUGAGUUUGGAAGAAGAUGGCAGCUGGUGCACGAGAAAGUGGCUCCUAAUCGUUUCUACUGGUCCAAGAUGGGUUUGGACAAAGAGCCGGGCUUAAUUCACCUGGAAACCAGCAUCUCUGAAGGACAGGCGCUGUACGUCACCUGCAAGCUGCAGAACUGCACAGACGCCAACAAGGGCAAACCAUUCCCCGGAUACAUUGACCCCAAUUCCCUGGUGGUGCAGGAUGAGUAUGUGUUUGUCCAGGUGUCCACUGCAGGAAGGCCGGUCUACUACGUUUCUGCAAAACGAGACGUCUUUACCCCAAUGAAGCUGCCAAAGUACACCCUGCCCAAGGAGCUGCAUGUGAUCAGUACAGAUGAAAACCGCGUGGUGGCUGCUGUUCAGGAGUGGAACCAGAAUGAAACCUACAACCUGUACGUGUCGGACACUUCGGGCGUCUACUACACUCUGGCUCUGGAGAACGUGGUCAGCAGCAUGGGCCUGGAGGGCAACGUCAUGGUGGACCUCUAUGAGGUGGCAGGAAUAAAGGGCAUGUUCCUCGCCAACAAAAAGACUGAUAACCAAGUAAAGACAUACAUCACCUAUAACCGCGGCAGAGACUGGAGGUUACUGCAGGCCCCUGGCAGAGACCUGAGAGGCAGCAGCAUCCACUGUGUGCUGCCGUACUGCUCAUUACAUCUCCAUCUUCACGUGUCUGCCAACCCCUACACAUCUGGAAACAUCGCCAGCAGGGAGUCGGCGCCGGGGAUCAUCGUGGCCUCAGGCUCCAUCGGUUCAGAACUGACCACCAGCAAUGUGAGCGCGUUCAUCACCUCUGAUGCAGGAAACACGUGGAGACAGAUCUUUGAUGAGGAGUACGCCGUGCUUUAUCUCGACCAAGGUGGAGCCUUGGUGGCAAUAAGACACACUCCACUUCCCAUCCGACACCUAUGGUUGAGCUUCGAUGAAGGACGACAGUGGAACAAGUACAGCUUCUCCAACACACCUCUGUUUGUGGACGGGGUGCUGGGCGAGCCGGGCGAGGAGACGCUCAUCAUGACGAUCUUUGGGCACUUCAGUCAUCGCUCUGAGUGGCAGCUGGUGAAAAUAGAUUUCAGGUCCAUCUUCAACAGGAGAUGCACGGAGGCGGACUACCAGACGUGGCACCUACACAACCAGGGUGAGCCGUGUCUGAUGGGCGUGAAGAGAAUCUACCGGAAGCUGAAGCCGACCUCCAGGUGCGUCAUGGGAAAGUCGUACUCCGUGGCGAUGACCUCGGCUCCCUGCGACUGCACGGAGGCGGACUUCGAGUGUGAUUAUGGCUAUGAGAGGCGGACUGAUGGGAAGUGCAGCCCCGCCUUCUGGUUCCAUCCGGCCUCCAUGUCCCGCAGCUGCACCACGGGAAUGACUUUUCUCAACAGCACGGGCUACAGGAAGGUGGUGUCCAAUAACUGCACAGCAGGAGUGAUAGCAGAGUACACGGCCCGGCGACAGCACUGCCCCACCCAGGCUCCCAAAGGCCUCCACCUGGUCACCAGCGAGGGCCGGCUGACCGCCACGCUGGGCGCCAACGUCACCUUCCUGGUUUUCCUGGAGGAGGGAGACGGAGCGAGGACCAGCAUCACGGUGGACUUUGGAGAUGGUCACGCUCUGACGUACUCCAACGUGAGCUCCAUCGAGGACGGCAUCAAGCACAUCUACAAAUCCGUGGGAAUCUACCGGGUGACGGCCACCGGGGAGAACAGCCUCGGUUCUGAGACCGCCACGCUCUUCCUGCACGUCACAUGUCAGCUGGAGCAUAUCCAUCUCUCUGCUCCCUUUGUGGCGGUGAGGAACAAGGAAGUGAACCUGACCGCCGUUCUGCAUCCCAGCCAAGUGGGAACGGUCACCUACAUCUGGUGGAUCGGAAAUAACACCGAGCAGCCUGUUAUCACCCUGGAGGGAAGCGUGGCGUGUACCUUCUCCAGGGAAGGGAUCAAUACAGUCACGGUGCAGGUGUCUGCUGGGAACGCCAUCCUGCAGGACAGGAAAACUAUCGCUGUCCACGAUUAUUUCCGAUCCCACCUGCUGGCCUUCUCCGCCAACCUGGAUGAACACAACCCGGACGUGGCUGAGUGGAGGCAGGAUGUGAGCCGGGUGAUCCGGAACGCUCUGAUCCAGGCGACAGGCGUGCGGGAGGACCUGCUCCUGGUCUCCAUCCUGCCAGGUUUACCAACAGCAGCCGAGUUUUUCCUGCUGCCUGACAAGCAGCUCACCGAGGGGAAAGCAGAGAAGAGCUCGGCUCAUUUAGAUCAGCUCUCUGACCUCCUGCUGAACGCCUUGAAUCAGAACCUGGUCCAGUUCACGCUGCGGCCGGGGGUCCAGGUCACCGUGUACGCCGCUCACCUGUCUGCAGCGCCCCUGGUGGACACCAGCGAGAACCACAGUGGCUCUGCCAUGCUAAUGCUGCUCUCUGUAGUGGUUGCGGGUUUAGCUGUGUUUGUCAUCUACAAAUUUAAGAGGAAGAUCCCAGGCCUCAACGUCUAUGCGCAGAUGCAGAACGACAAAGAACCAGAAAUGAUGAGUCCAGCCAAUCCCUCAGAGGCCACGCCCAGCUCACCGCAGGACUUGGUGCCUUCUCUGGAGAUUCUGGACACCGAGUUGAACUCGCGGCCCAUCGUGAAGUGGUCCAGACUGCAGGAGAAGUAGACAUAAACAGAUCAGUGGCUGUUAGUGGAUGUAUGAAACCUCAUGUACAUGUGAAAUUCUCCACAGAACUCCCCACAUUCAUCGUCUGAACUCUGGACUGGAUUGAAACCUCCAGCUCCCAUCAUGGAUUUGAUCUUACUUUUGUGUUGAUUUUGCGUUUGGAUCACGAUGGUUUGGAGCUUUACACCUGUGCAUGUUGGAGCCGGAUGACACAUACUGUGCUCUGCUGGAAGCAGAAGAAACUGUGUACAGGUUUUAUUUUCUUCUCGUUUCUCCUUCAUGUUUUAAAAGAAACAUGUUCAGACUUGACUUUGUUUCUGAGUCGAGGAGAAUCGCCAGCAUGAACGAAACGAAAGUUUGGGAUUUUCUCACAUCCUGGAUCGGUUUGCUGUUUUCUGAUGCAAACAGCAAACAGUGUAUUAUUUAUUCAUAUAAAAAUACUUUCAUGAAGUACGAUGUGGAAGUGAGUGAGACAUUUAUUUUGUAAAUCAUGAAUGUCUAUGUUAGAACUUUGUGUAUUUUAAUAACAAAUGUACUAAAAACAGACACUGUUAUAAAAUAUGACUCAGAUAUUUCAAAGCUUUUGAUCUAUUGUCCUCAAAAAGCUGAUUUAUGGCACAAAGCAGGUUUUCUACUGAAAUAUUCUGCUUUUCUUUUGGUUUUUACAACAACUUUGAGUUUUCAGGAUUAAUUUUGCCUUCAUGUUUGUUGCCUCUGCUAAUAUUGAUGACACCUGCCAGUUUGUAAAAAGCUCCGUGCUCCAUACCCUCCUUCCCACAGCCGGCCCCCCAGCAGAGCUUUCAGGAGCAGAGAUAAAGCCGUGUGUGCGGAUGGCAUCGAGGCUGCCGGUUGGCCUGGAAUGACCGCAGGAGGCCAAGUGGAGCGUAUCGAGACCCGCGUAGAAAAGUGGGACCUGGAAUGAGAUCCAGCUGCUUUACAGGAGAAGUCAAAGAGCGUGGCAGCUGGAAAAAAACAGAGACAGAUGGAAGUAAGGCGAAGCAUUAAGAGCGUUCCAGUGGGCAGAAUGAGAGGAGGGGGACUGCUUGAAUACUUAAUGUGGCCUGUCAAGCUCAAGGCCCGCUAGGGUUGGUGACACAUCUGGGUUAAUGUUGUGACCCGCUGCAGUGAGGCGGCCGUCUUCAUUAGGACAUGCUGCAGGAGCGCAGCAGCUGCAGCCGCAGGGCGGCGCGGCUGGCUUGGACCAGACACAUGGAAAUGCCUGAUUGAUGCUUUCACAGCUUCUGAGGCAACGCAGCCGGACCUAGUUAGAACAUUUUUAAAUGAAUGUUAGAUCCAAACAAAGCUCUUCCAAGUACCGCACCUAGAGAAAGUAUUCAGAUCCCUGGAAAUGUCCUUAUUUUGUCACAUUACAAACAUAACAGUCAGUAUUUUAUUCCAAGUCGUUGUGAUCAACACAAAGGGAAAGUUUGUGGACUUUGGAGUGAAAUAGUUUCACGGUUCACGGAGAGUUUCUAAAAGUUUUACUCACCUGCAGACGCUUUCUGGCAGAUUCUUCUUUGCAAAUUAGUUUAAACUCCGUCACAUUGGAUGAAAAGCUUUUGAGAACAUUUAUUUAAAACUCUGAGCUUUGACUAGGCCUUUUUAACACCUAAAUGUCCCUUGCCUUUGGCUGCAUGUUUGGGGUCAAAGGCCUGCUGGAAGAAUCUCCUCUCCAGCCUGAAGUCUUUCUCCAACAGUGAUACUUCCUGUAUUUUCCUGGGCUUUGAUCCAGUUUGUCUUCUCAUGAACUCUGACCUGCUUCUGCUGAUGAAAGCCUCCCCAAAGUAUGAUACUGCCACCUCCAUGUUUCCUGCUGGGGAUGUUCAUGGUGAUGUUCCUUUUGUAUGUUGACCAGAACGUUUUGCACAUCACCUCCUUCCAUGUUCACCAUGUCUCCAUCAUGUCUGUGGUGAACUGAAAGCAGAACUUUUUCUAACUUUCUUUUUGCUCCUGUUCCAUAAAAGUCUAAUUAGUGGAGAGUUCCUCUUAUAGUUGUCCAGGUUCUCCCACCUGAGCCGCUGAUCCCUGCAGAUCCUCCAGAGUUACCUUCUUUAAUAAAUGCUCUCAGUGCCCGGUCCAGUUAAGACGACAUUCAUUACUGGAUCACUCUAAUUAGGUGACCUCUGAAGGGAGUCAGUUGCUUUAUGCUUGUCAGAAUUUUAUUUGAAGAAGUUUUUUAGAAUUGAAUUAUUUUCCAUCCAUUUCUCAAGCGUUACUUUGUGUUGGUCUGUUUCAUAAAGUCUCGAUAAGACGUUUGUGUUUGUAACACCGACAUGUUGAUGUGUCGCGGUGUGAAGUUUGCAAAGUGAUGAAGAUGAAGAUGAGGGAAGGAAGUCCCAGCUGUUUCUGCAGGUUUAAAGAAGAUCCUUUGGUUCCAUCAGAGGUCUUGGAGACAAUUGGCCCAGAUGUUCAGGAAAUGUGCUGAACAGCUGUUGAGAGAACAGGAAGUUGCUCUGAAUUUGGAUAAACUAGGUUCUAAUCUGGGAGAUUAUCUAAAAGCAGAUAAAUGAGUUUGGUUGUAACCACAGGCCUUUUUAUCCUAAAGUACUGGAUUUUACUUCUGGUUCAAAAAUAGAAAUAUGAAGUCACUGAGGUCAGUCUGGAUGUUUUGACCGACAAGUAUAGAAAAUAUCACUUGAUUUUUAUUUUGAUGUAGAAAAACAAGUUCAUUACUUGAGGUUGGGUUUUGCUUUUGCUGCUGUUGUAAUAAGAUUAAAACUGAUGGAAGAGCUUUUACUCUUCAAACACUGGACCAAUAUGGAUCUGUGUCAGGUUGUUUCAGACGGACCGGAUAUUGUUCUUAUUCAGCAUUAUCUAUGUUGAAAAUUAGCUUUUUGCUCACAUAUGUGGUUUAAAUUUAUUAAUUUAUUCUCAAUAUUUAAACUCAGUCUUGGUCUGAUCAGAUCAAUUUUGAUGACAUAUGUUAUUUAGAUUGAAGG